AUGUAUGUGACUCUCAAGAACUCACAGCAAGUAAUGGCGACAGCGGAUCUUGUGGAUGGAUCUUACUGGCUUCGGACGACUCAACGAUCAGCGAAUGUGACAACAAGUGGAACCGGUUGUGCCGAUCUACAUGCGAGAAUGGGCCAUGCUCCAGUCGAUGUUCUUCGCAAGAUGAUCGCGACCAAAAUGAUCAAGGAUGUGCGAGUCCCUCUCAAGUCGGGUGGAGCAACUACAUGUCGAGGAUGUCAACAAGGGAAAAUGGUCCAAAAACCAUUUCCAAGCAACCGAGACAAGCGCAGCUACGAUACGUUUGAGCUACUUCAUCUGGACAUCUGCGGGCCCAUGGAAAAGGAUUCGCUCGGUGGCAGCAAAUAUUUGCUGCUGAUCAUCGACGAAGCCAGUGGAUGCAUGAAGGGCUUUUGUCUACGAGUGAAGUCCGAGAGUGAAGACUACAUCCGGAAAUAUAUCACUAUGGUAAAGACGCAGUUGAGUAAGAAGGUCAAGUUCGUGCGACACGACGGAGCUCGCGAGUUUGCAACCAACUCGCUUCAACUGUUCUACGAAGACGAAGGCAUUGAAAAGCAGACAACGUGUUUCUGGGCCGAAGCAGCGAUGACGGCCAUCUACGUCAAGAAUCGACUGCCGUCACCUAAAGUCGUGCACAAGACCCCGUUUGAGAUCGUCUACAACUUGAAACCAAGCGUCAAGCACAUGCGAACAUUCGGGUGUCAGACAUACAUACUGACGCCUAAAGAGAAUCGACUCAAGUGGGAUCCAAAGGCUCGCGCUGGCAUAUUCGUGGGCUACAAAGAAGUUUCGAAGGCAUAUCGUGUUUAUGACAUCGAGGCGGGGCAGGUGGUUAUCAGCCGCGAUGUCAACUUCGACGAGUCCACCUUUGGACUUCAACUGCCGAUCACUGAUGAAGAUGUCGAUGACCUGGACUUCGAAUUGCUGGAUCUUGAUGACGAAGAGCUGCGUCAAAUGGAGUACAAGCAAACAGGCAAGCGCAAGAACCGACUCAAUGAUGAAGAUACAGCAGCUCCACGACCGCGUGCAGUGCGUCAACGACCAGGACUAGAAGAGUCAAGCGCGCCGGAAAACAACUCGUCACGCCAAGAAGAAGACGAAGAAACGAAGGAUUCUGGUGAUUCAACACCGCCUGUGUUUUGGCGUGCGAGUGCAAAUGCCGUUGAAGCAGCAGUAAACUUAUCAGAGCCCUCAACAUUUGAAGCAGCAGUAAGCGGCCCUGACCAAGUGCACUGGAGAAAAGCAAUUCAUGCAGAGCUCGAGUCAAUGCGACUUCGCGGUGUGUUUCGUGCAGCCAAGCUGCCCAACGGACAACGCGCCAUUGGCACAAAAUGGGUGUUCAAGAUCAAGCGCAAGGCGGAUGGAUCUAUAGAGAAGUACAAGGCACGACUUUUGGCCAAGGGUUUCCGCCAAAAGUAUGGCAUCGACUACACGGAGACGUUUUCGCCUGUGGUGAAGUAUGCGACGCUGCGAAUGGUGAUCGCAAUUUCCAAGCAUUUUGGAUGGCCUAUCGACCAGCUUGAUGUGGUGACAGCUUUCCUGUAUGGCGUCAUGAAGGAACAAGUGUUCUGCGUGAUUCCUGAAGGCGUCGAACUUGACACGUCGCGAGUGUGGAACGAGACGUUCGACGAGUAUGUGUGCUCCAUCGGAUUUCAAGUAUCGGACUUCGACCCAUGUCUCUACAUCAAGACUUCGGACGGCCAUUGCGUGUUUAUACUGGUCUACGUGGACGACGUCUUGGUGACUGGAAGCUCGCUCGAGCUGAUUGCACAAACCAAGAACGACCUGAAGACGCGGUUCGAGAUGACGGACAGCGGCAAGUGUGCGUUUGUUCUUGGGAUCGAGCUUUUGGACGGUGAAGAUGGCAGUGUGACACUAUGUCAGCGUCGGUAUGUCGAUAAUAUCCUCAAGCGCUUUGGCAUGGAUGAUUGCAAGGCAGUCGCAAGUCCAGUCGACAUGAGCUCUCGACUUGUUUCAAGUGAUGCAACUACCAAGGUCGAUGCUCCUUUUCGCGAAGCUGUUGGUGCGUUGAUGCACCUGACCACUGCAACGCGUCCGUACAUUGCGUUUUCUGUGGGCUAUGUGUCGCGGUUCAUGGAAAAUCCCCAAGAAGAAUACUGGGUUGCAGUUAAGCGUAUCUUUCGCUACCUACAAGACACCAAGACGCAUAAUUUGCUCCAAGCCAAGUGCAAGGAUCGACUUCCGUGGAUGUUCGGAUGCGGAUUGGGCUGGUGA